GUUUUCACACUUUGAUUUUUGCUCAUUCGUUUGCAUCCUGUUUUCUUCAAAAGAUCAGCAGGGGGUUUUGAUUGUCCCGCUGCUUCACUGGCUUUUGCAAAUAUGAGUUCAGUAACAUCAUACACAGAGGAUUAUGAGUACAACGAUUACAGUGAAACUCCAUCAUCAAGCAGCGUUGGAGCGCCAUGUCAGCAGAGUGACAUUUAUGGUUUUGCCCAGAAGUACAUCCCAAUUGUAUACAGCCUUGUGUUUGUGCUGGCAGUUGUGGGCAAUGUUCUGGUGCUGUGUGUGAUCAGACGGUACAAGAACAGAAAUUCUGGGGCCUGCGCCUUCUCUCUGACGGACACCUUCCUCCUUCACUUGGCCAUCUCGGACCUGCUGCUGGCCUUCACCCUCCCACUGUUUGCGGUGCAGUAUACCCACCAGUGGGUUUUUGGCGUUGCUCUCUGCAAGAUCUCCGGCGCCCUGUUCUCCUUGAAUCGCUACAGUGGAAUCCUCUUCCUGGCCUGCAUCAGCUUCGACCGUUACCUGGCCAUCGUUCACGCCGUCAGCUCAGGAUGGAAGCGCCACACUUGCCACGCUCAGUUUGCAUGUGCAGUCAUUUGGGUGGUUUGCCUCGGUUUAAGUGGAGUGGACAUUGCUUUUAAACAGGUUGCAGAAGAUACCAGUCUGAAAAACGAACCUAUGUUCCUAUGUCGGAUGUGGUUCACUGAUAAUGAUGUUGAGUGGCGUGUUGGGCUCCAAUUAGUCAGUGUACUCCUGGGUUUUGGUCUACCACUGUUAAUUAUGCUGUACUGCUACAUCCAGAUCUUCAGGUCUUUGUGUAAUGCCACUCGACGGCAAAAGCGCAAGUCCCUCAGCCUGAUCUUCUCGUUAGUGUCAGUGUUCGUCAUCUGCUGGGCUCCCUUCAACUGCUUCCAGUUGGCAGACAGUCUGGAAAGGCUGAAAGUUGUCCGUGGAGGUUGCCAGUUUAACAAAGUGCUAGACAUUGGGAUCGUAAUCACAGAAAGCAUUGGGCUGUCACACUGCGCCCUGAACCCUCUGCUGUAUGGUUUUGUCGGGGAAAAGUUCAGGAAGGAGCUGUUCAGAAUGUGUAAGGACCUGCUGGGGCAAAGAGGCUGGAUGGAGGCACACGAAUGGAGAGGAAAGAGGCUCCGAAAAACUACUGGAUCCUUCAGCUCUGCAGAAAGUGAAAACACUUCAUACUCUGUCAUGGUGUGAAUAAAGAUUGGAGAUCAAGAAUUAUGAUAAAGAACUGAAGGGAGAGAAAUUUCAAAAGUUGUAAAUUGUAAUAGUAAUAAAUGUUCUCAAUAGGAAAAAGUGUAAUUAAAAUAAAACUUGCAUAUAUGUAUAUGGUGUAGAUGGGGGGGGUGAUACUGAAGGGUUGCAAGUGAAACAUCCAGUGCAACACCCUAAUGCUGAUGUAAAAAAAAAAAAA